AUGGCAACGAGGAUGAUUCACGGCGCAUUUGUGACGAAUCCUAGCUCUGGAUCUCUUCAGAGCCAAGCUGAGAAGCUGAAGCCGACGGCUGGCUUUGGUUCGAAGCUUUUGUUUCAGUUUGAGAAGAAGAGCCGCCUUGGAGUGGGCCAUGUUAGCUUGCCGAUCGUUGCCAUGAGAUCCACACGAGUCGAGCCGGAGAUUAUGCCCGUGACUACUGUAGAUGAACCCAAGGCAGAGGAGCAAAUUAAGUAUUUACAAACAAUUCAGGAACUUGGUGACACAUCAGUGGGUACAUGGUCUAAGCCUACAGUAAGACGCAAGACAAAGAUUGUUUGCACGAUUGGUCCGUCAACCAAUACCAGGGAAAUGAUAUGGAAGCUGGCAGAGGCUGGGAUGAAUGUCGCUCGUCUGAACAUGUCCCAUGGAGACCAUGCAUCUCACCAGAAAGUCAUUGAUUUGGUUAAGGAAUAUAAUGCCCAAGCAAAAGACAAUGUUAUUGCCAUCAUGCUUGACACCAAGGGUCCCGAGGUAAGGAGUGGUGAUUUACCUCAACCCAUUAUGUUGGUGAGCGGCCAGGAAUUUACUUUCACAAUUCGAAGAGGGGUUGGUACAGCAGACUGUGUGAGUGUCAACUAUGAUGAUUUUGUAAAUGAUGUAGAAGUUGGGGACAUGCUUCUUGUCGAUGGUGGUAUGAUGUCGUUAAUGGUAAAAUUGAAGACUGAAGAUUCUGUAAAAUGUGAGGUCAUUGAUGGAGGAGAGCUUAAAUCUCGACGGCAUCUAAAUGUUCGAGGAAAAAGUGCUACACUUGCAUCCAUUACUGAGAAAGACUGGGAUGACAUCAAAUUUGGAGUUGACAACAAAGUUGACUUCUAUGCUGUUUCCUUUGUCAAAGAUGCGGCUGUGGUCCACGAAUUGAAGGACUAUCUGAAAAAUGCUGGUGCGGAUAUUCAUGUCAUCGUAAAAAUUGAAAGUGCAGAUUCCGUACCGAAUUUACAUUCAAUCAUAACUGCAUCAGAUGGGGCUAUGGUUGCAAGAGGGGAUCUUGGUGCAGAGUUGCCCAUCGAAGAGGUUCCUAUAUUGCAGGAAGAAAUAAUCAGGCUCUGUCGUAGUAUGGGGAAAGCAGUCAUAGUGGCAACAAAUAUGCUUGAGAGCAUGAUAGUUCAUCCAACACCUACCAGAGCAGAGGUAUCAGAUAUUGCAAUUGCAGUUAGAGAGGGUGCUGAUGCAGUUAUGCUUUCUGGAGAAACUGCUAAUGGGAAGUUUCCACUGAAAGCUGUCAAGGUCAUGCACACUGUGUCUUUGCGGACCGAAGCAACUAUGGUUGGUACACAGACUCCACCAAACCUUGGCCAAGUCUUCAAGAAUCAUAUGAGUGACAUGUUUGCAUACCAUGCAACCAUGAUGUCUAACACACUUGGAACUUCAACUGUUGUCUUCACCCGAACUGGUUUCAUGGCCAUUCUACUGAGUCAUUAUCGGCCUUCUGGCACAAUAUUUGCUUUUACAAAUGAGAAGAGAAUACAGCAGAGACUGGCUUUGUACCAGGGUGUUUGUCCCAUAUACUUGGAGUUCUCAGAUGAAGCUGAGGAGACCUUUUCAAAGGCUUUAUCUUUGUUGCAGAAAAACGGGAUGGUGAAAGAAGGCGAGCAUGUUGCUCUUGUUCAAAGUGGUAGACAGCCUAUCUGGCGGUCCCAGUCGACUCAUAACAUUCAGGUCAGAAAAGUAUAUGACGGAGAGCCUAUCUGGAGGUCCCAGUCGCCUCAUAAUAAUCAGGUCAGAAAAGUAUAG